GAGGGCCGGGCCUCGGACCAGAGCCCCCGCGGGCCGCUGGGCCCCGGCCCAGGCGUGGUGUUGUACCUGUGCCCCGAGGCGCAGUGCGGACAGACCUUCGCUAAGAAGCACCAGCUGAAGGUGCACCUGCUGACUCACAGCAGCAGCCAAGGCCAGAGGCCCUUCAAGUGCCCCCUGGGCGGCUGCGGCUGGACCUUCACGACAUCUUACAAGCUCAAGAGACACCUGCAGUCCCACGACAAGCUGCGGCCGUUCAGCUGCCCGGUGGAAGGCUGUGGCAAGAGCUUCACCACCGUGUACAACCUCAAGGCUCACAUGAAGGGCCACGAGCAGGAGAACUCCUUCAAAUGUGAGGUGUGUGAGGAGAGCUUCCCCACGCAGGCCAAGCUCAGCACCCACCAGCGCAGCCACUUCGAACCAGAGAGACCCUACCAGUGUGCGUUUUCCGGCUGCAAGAAGACGUUUAUCACAGUGAGUGCCCUGUUUUCCCAUAACCGUGCCCAUUUCAGGGAACAGGAACUCUUUGCCUGCUCUUUCCCUGGCUGCAGCAAACAGUAUGACAAGGCCUGCAGGCUAAAAAUUCACCUGCGGAGCCACACGGGCGAGAGACCUUUCCUGUGUGACUUUGAUGGCUGCGGCUGGAACUUCACCAGCAUGUCUAAACUCUUAAGGCACAAAAGGAAGCACGAGGAUGACCGCAGGUUCACGUGCCCUGUGGAAGGCUGUGGGAAAUCUUUCACAAGGGCUGAACAUCUGAAAGGCCACAGCAUAACCCACCUGGGCACAAAACCUUUUGUGUGUCCUGUGGAAGGCUGCUGUGCCAGGUUCUCCGCUCGAAGUAGUCUCUACAUUCACUCCAAGAAACACCUGCAGGAUGUGGACACUUGGAAAAGCCGUUGCCCUGUCUCCACCUGUAAUAAACUCUUCACAUCCAAACACAGCAUGAAGACCCACAUGGCUAAACGGCACAACCUGGGCCAUGAUCUUUUAGCUCAACUAGAAGCUGCAAAUUCCCUUACGCCCAGCAGUGAACUUACCAGCCAGGGACAGAACGAUCUCAGUGAGGCAGAGAUCGUGUCUCUCUUCUCUGACGUGCCUGGCAAUAGUUCGGCUGCGGUGCUGGACACCGCACUGGUGAAUUCGGGAAUCUUGACUAUUGAUGUGGCUUCGGUGAGCUCAACUCUGGCAGGGAAUCUCCCAGCCGGUAACAGUAAUCCCUUGGGGCAGGCUCUGGACCCCCGGGCCUUGAUGGCCACCAGUGACCUUCCUCAAAGUCUGGACACCUCUCUCUUUUUUGGAACAGCAGCCACUGGCCUUCAGCAGGGCCCCUUAGAUACGGAUGAUGUCUGCAGUGUAAGUGUGGGGCCGUUGAGAUCUCUAGGCUCUUUGGCUGUGAAAAACUCCAGUCCAGAGCCCCAGCCCCAGGCUUUGACACCCAGCAAUAAGCUAACGGUGGACACAGAAGCUCUGACUCCUUCGAGUACCCUUUGUGAAAACAGUGUCUCAGAGCUACUGACACCCACCAAAUCGGAUUGGAAUGUACACCCUGACUCUGACUUCUUUGGACAGGAGGAAGAAACCCAGUUUGGUUUCUCCAAUGCAGCAAGAAACCAUGGUUCUCAGAAAGAAACAGAUCUUGUCGCAGUGACUGGCAGGUCAUUUUUGGUAUGAACCAACUCUUAUUUGUUCCUUGCCACGUGGCUUAUUUUUAUUACACUCAAUUUUGAGGGUACUCGGGACCGAAUGCUUAGACGCAGUCAUUUCCUACUGGUUUGCAAAAGAACGCAUCCCUGGACUACAAGUUUGGAGAUUUAAAUUCUGAUCUUGAGUCUGGAAAUGGCAAGUUCUGUGACCCUGAACAAGUCAAUUAACCUCUCUGAGCCUUAAUUUCUUUAGGUAUAAAAUGAAGUAGUUUGAAUCCAUUGUUUCUAAGGUCUCUUCUG